AUGAAUUAAUUUGAGAAAGAGACAAAACAAUUUAUUGAUGAAUUAAAAAAUGGAGUUAGCAACAUCUUAGUAGCUAUCCGAGUAAGACCGUUGAGUUAGAAAGAGAGAAGUCAAUCAGAAUUUGAGACGAUUAGAAUUUUGGAUAAUAAAAUGAUUGUUCUUUUGGAUCCUGAUUCAGAAAGAGAGGAUGAUUUAUUAAAAAAAAAUAGGCUAAAGGAAACAAAUUUUGCAUUUGAUUUUGUCUUUGACUAAUGGGCUCCGUAAUAGAUGAUUUAUGAAAACACGACCGAAUUUCUAUUAGAAGGAGUAUUGGAGGGUUACAAUACUACUGUAUUUUGUUAUGGAGCAACAGGUUCAGGAAAAACCUUCACGUAAAUGAUAGGCACUCAUCAAGAGGUAGGAAUAAUGCCAAGAGCCUUAUAGCAAUUAUUUAAUUUUUCUAUAUAAGAUAGAUUUAAAGAUACUUAGUUUAAAGUUUGUUAUGUGGAGAUUUACAAUGAAAACAUUCGAGAUCUGCUGACACAUGAAGAUAAAAAUCUAGAAAUAAGAGAAGAUAAAAAUAGUGGAAUCUAGAUUGCAGGAGUGACAGAAGUAGAAGUAAGAACAGUUUCAGAAGUUUUGGCACUUUUAAAAGUGGGCAACAAAAAUAGAUCAAAAGAAGCAACUGAUGCAAAUAAAGAAUCCUCUAGAUCUCAUGCAAUUUUGUAACUUUAAAUUGAAAGCAAAGAAAGAGCGACAGGAAUACAAGAAUAAAUUAUUUAAAGCAAAUUUAGUUUAGUAGAUUUGGCUGGCAGUGAAAGGGCUGCCAACACAAAUAACAAAGGACAAAGAAUGAUUGAAGGAGCUAACAUAAACAAAUCUUUAUUAGUAUUAGGAAAUUGCAUUUAAUCUCUAUCUGAAGCAAAUGAAAAAGGUAUAAAAAAUCCUUUUAUACCUUUUCGUAAUUCAAAACUAACUCGUCUUCUUAAAGAUUCUUUGGGAGGAAAUUGCAGAACAGUUAUGAUCUCAAAUGUCACUCCAGCUGUUAAUUGUUUUGAAGAAACAUAUAAUACAUUAGUUUAUGCUAAUAGAGCUAAGAAUAUCAAAACUAUUGCAAAUCGAAAUGUGUUGAUGGCAUAAAAUCAUAUAAGUAAUUAUGCUCAAUUGAUUUAAAAUUUAAGAUAAGAAAAUGAGGAAUUAAAAUUGUUAAUUUAAUAACAAUAAUAUAAUUAAAAUAAUCCACAAUUAAAACUGCCAUCAAUAAUUUAAAAGAAUCCUCCAAGUGUUCAAUAAAGUUUAAAAUAAUAGGUCUCUGAAUUGGAAUCUAUUAUUCACUAAAAUGUUGAGGAUAUCAUACAAACAAAAAAUUAAAUUUAUGAAAUGGAAGAGCAAUAAAAUCAUUUCUAAUAGAAUAUUGGAUUUCUGUAAUUUUAAAAAGGGAGAACAUAAGACAAGUUUGAAUAGAUGAGAUUAUAAGAAAGAAUGGAUAAUGCAAAAAAUUAAAAAGCUAUCCUAAAAAGAAGUCAAGAUGAUCUGGAAUAACAAUUAGUGGAAUAUGAGGUCCAAAAGGUUGAUAUUUAAAAAUAGGUUUAAUAAAUUCAAGAUUCCAAUUACAAGAACUAUUUAUAUGGAAUAAUGAAAUAGGGUGAAUUUAAAAUUGAAACAAUUGAAAUUAAAAUAUAAGAAAAGAAAAGGAAAUACCAAGAAUAAAUAUAAGACGAACAAGUCAAAUAAUUAAGAACAUAGAUUAAUAAAUAACAAGCCAAAAUUACCUAGGGUAUUAAAUAGAAAUCAAAUGUCCUUAAAAAAGUACCAAGCUUACCUGGAGUUGAUUCUCCUUAUUAUUAGUUAUAAAAUGGAUAAACUUAUGGUAUUUAAAGAUAUUAAAAAAAUAAAUCUCAUUUAAAGUUGCCCCCAGUUGUUCAACUAGCACAAGUACACAAGUCACCAAAAACAUAAAAUACAAGUUUACAAAAUAAAAUUGAUGAUCCAAUGAAAUAUAGAAUAUCAUAAAAAUAUUCUUCCCGACUGAAUCGCCCUCCUUCCUAUCAUCCACCAAGUUCACAAAGAAAAUCUGCUAAAGGGCGAUAUAUUAAUCGUUCAUUAGAUUUAGGCUCAGGUAGAGAAAGCAUAAAUAAGAGUUCUGGAGAAAUACAAAAUGAGAUUAGUUUGCAAAAACUUCAUCGUCUUCGUAAAGAAUACUAACAAUAAAGAUUUGAAAAGGCUAUGAAUAAUAAAAAUAAUUAAAAAUCGUAACCUUAAUUUGGCAGUAAAAUUUUACUUCCAGGUAUGAUUCACAAAUCACCCUAUGUUAAAAACUUUUAAAACAAUAAUGAACCAAUCGAAUUAAAAAAAGAUAGACUAAAAAUGUUUAAUUUGAAUCAAAAAAUAUAAGGAGAUGAUAAAUUUUAACUUUAUAAUUGA